UGUGCGCAACUUAUGUUUAUUUAGUUGUCUGCCAUAGACAUAUAACCAGUUGCUUCACCAGUCGUAUUCAGAUCAUUGAGACUGAAAUUUAGUUCUCGCAAACCUUAGCAUGCCUUUAAGCGCGAGAGAAUUUUUUAUCGUGUUGCUCUUAGUUCAGCAAUCUUUCUCAAUAUUUCAAAGAAAAUGCAUGGUUGUGGAUGAUAAGAAAGAUCAUCCUGAAAGAGCUCGGAUGCCGUCACAAGUUACCGAGAAUGAUGUGUGGGAGGACGUGUCUCCCAGAGACGUGAUACCUUACCUCAUAUCCUGUGUAGAGAAGUACGAUGUCCCUAUCGCAUGGCAUGUUAUUGUCAGUACGAAUGGUAUUGGUAAUGUCUCAGAUGCCAAAGUGCGGGAGGCUAUGAAAGUUCUUAACGAUGGAUUCAAGGACAGUCGUUUACAUUUUCGUCUGCACUCCAUUCAAAGAAUUACUAAUGAUGACUGGAACAACGCAUGUGUUCGUGAAAAAUCAUCAUAUAUGGAAAAGCAUGCUAUAACACCCGCUACAGUUUUGAAUUUGUACACAUGCACAUUUGAUCUAAUUAAAGAUCAAAUUGUGGGAAAUGCUGCAUUACCAUGGUCUUAUGAUCCUGACAGUGUUUACAAUGGUGUAGUUAUACAUCCGGAAACACUGCCUGGUGGAAGUAUACAAGACUUGAAUCAUGGCAAAAAUCUUGUUCACGAAGUUGGUCAUUACUUUGGUUUGCUGCAUUACUUUGAAAAUCGGAAAUGUGAUGGGGCUGGUGAUAUGGUAGACGACACUCCAAUUUCAAGCCGAAUUUCUUACACUUGUUCUGAGGAGGAAGAUUCUUGUCCAGAUCAGCCUGGUUUGGAUCCGGUACAUAACUUCAUGGGAUAUGCAAAGGAUGUUUGCUUGGUCAACUUUACAAAAGGGCAGUUGGAAAGAAUGAGCUGGAUCGUGGAUAUGUAUAAAAAAGACUUGAAGACCAUCGUAUACAGACCCUGCAGUAUAGACUCGGUAUUUCGAUGGAGUGACGGCUGGAUAUAUUUCUUCUCUGGUACCAGAUAUUAUCGUUACAAUGAAGUGACUAACAGCAUUGAUUCCGACUAUCCACGAGCAAUCCGCGAUUAUUGGCGAGGUGUUCCGGACAAUAUCGAUGGGGUAUUUCGCUACUCCGAUGAUAUUACGUAUUUCUUCAAGGGUUCAGAGUAUUACAAAUUUGACGACGUCACACUCAAAGUUGAAUCAGAUUAUCCAAAGAAAAUUAAGGACUUUUGGAAAGGAAUACCGAAUGAUAUCGGUGACGUCAUAAAAAACAGCAAUGGUUUCACGUAUUUCUUCAAGAAGGGCGAGUAUUAUCGCUUCAAUCCAAUACGUCAAAGUGUUGAUGUCGAUUUUCCAAAAUCAAUGGACGAUUACUGGAAAGGAAUUCCUGGAGAUAUAAACGCAGCAUUUACAUGGUAUAAUGGCGGGGUAUACUUCUUUAAAGAUGAAAAAUUCUGGCUUUUUAAAAUGAAGAAUGGUGGUCACAAUGCGAUCAAGCCCUCUUAUCCUAAAUCAAUCAAGGUUUGGUGGAAUGAUUUACAGGAUUUUACUGGUUAUUCAGUAUUCAGUGAAUGCAAACAACGAACAUAUUUCGUUUCCGGUGAUCAGUAUUGGGAAUACAAUUACUAUCAAGGCAAUGUUGAUUUGUUUUCUCCUCUUCCGAUAUGGAGUGGCAUUCCUAGGAAGGUUGACGGGAUGUUUGUAUGGAGCGAUAAAUAUCUCUAUGUUUUCAGUGGAAAAGAUUAUUAUCUCUUUGAUCAAAAAACAAAAGCAUUAGUGCAAGGUUAUCCUCAAAAGAUUGCUUCAUUUUGGAAAGGAAUUCCAGACAACAUUGAUGCAGUUUUCAGGUCAAGCAAUGAUCAAACAUAUUUCUUUAAAGGAUCUCAUUAUUACCGUUUCAAUGACACUGUAAUGCAAGUGGACUCAGGUUAUCCAAGAUUAAUCACGGAAUAUUGGCAUGGUGUUCCCAACGACCUGGACACCGUGUUUCAUUCUUCAAACGAUCAGGUGUAUUUCUUUAAAGGAAACAAUUAUUAUCGUUUUAACUUUACAAAAGAAGCAGUUGAUGAUGAAUAUCCGCGACAUAUUGCAGAGGGCUGGAAAGGAAUGCUGUAUAAUCCAUGGUUUGUUGGUCUUGUUCUGUCGAUAAUCUCAAUCUCUGGACUUGAGAUAAAUCUGUCAAAACGACGAUGUUUAUUCUCUCACAAUCUUAACAACCUGCCACCAUCUGUGAGGGUCUCAGAUCGACAAAGCCAUAACUUGGUUUCGGCUCACGAUCAACCAAAAGGAUCUUGUCAACAAAGAUACAUUGUCCCUGUCGUUUGGCACGUCAUUAUUGAUUCAAACAAACUUGGUGAUGUCUCUGAUGUUUUAUUACAGACACAAGUCGACAUUUUAAAUGGAGCAUUCGAAAAUACUUCUCUCAUAUUUAAAAUGGAUUCAGUAAAACGAGUCAUAAACGACACUUGGACGAUGGAUUGUCUUGGAUAUAUCACACAGUUCCAAGAGAUCUUAGCCGAAUCAACGGAUGUAAAAUUGAAUCUUUAUACAUGUCUAUUAAAAGAUCCUAAUGUGCUUGGUCAUUCCUCAUAUCCUUGGUCACAUGAUGAAGACAGUGUUUAUAACGGGGUGAUCAUUCACCCGGGUACACUGCCCGGCGGGGACAUAUCACCGAUAAACGAGGGAGACAAUCUCGUUCACGAGGUUGGACAUUACUUUGGUUUACUUCACACUUUCGAGGGUGGUUGUGAAGGAGGUGAUAGUGUAGCAGACACUCCAGCAACAGGAUAUCCAACGUAUAAUUGUCCGGAUACACCAGUUGAUAGUUGUCCAGACAUACCUGGUUAUGAUCCUAUUCAUAACUACAUGGGAUAUAAUCCAGAUUCAUGUAUUAAUCACUUUACCCCUGGUCAGGUGAAGAGACUCGAACAACUUCUUGGGCAGUACCGCGAAAAUUUAAAGGGACUUAAAGAAAAACCAUGUGCGGUUGACUCCGUUUUUCGCUGGAGUGAUGGUUAUGUUUACCUCUUUGCUGGAGCAGGCUAUUAUCGUUACAACGAAAUAUCACGUGGUAUUGAUUCCGGCUAUCCGCGAAGAAUCAGCGACAACUGGCACGGUGUUCCGAACAACAUCGAUGGUGUAUUCCGUUAUGCUAACGGUUACACGUAUUUCUUUAAAGGUUCAGAUUACUACAGAUUUAAUGACGUCACACGUAAAGUUGAUGCAGGAUAUCCGAAGAAAAUUAAAUCAUUUUGGAAAGGAAUACCCAAUAAUAUUGACGAUGUAAUAAGAUAUAGCAAUGGUCUCACAUAUUUCUUCAAAAAUGGUCUGUACUAUCGUUUCAACUCAACCACAGCAGCAGUAGACAUAGGUUACCCAAAGAAAAUCGAGCAAUAUUGGAUUGGUGUUCCCAAGAAGGUUCAGGCAGCAUUUACUUGGUACAAUGGUGGAGUAUACUUUUUUAAAGACUCAGAAUUCUGGCUGUUUGUUCCUGGACAAAAUUCGACAGAGGGUGUUUAUCCAAAGUCAUUGAAACAUUGGUGGACCGGAGAUCAACAUAAAUAUCAAAAUUAUAACGCAUUCAGGCAUCUGAAUGCCUACACAUAUUUUGUUUCUAACAAACAAUAUUGGCGUUACAAUGAUUUCAAAAAUCACAUCGAUUAUACCUAUCCGCAUCCUUUAACGAAUUGGUUAAAGUUACCAGCGACGAUAGACGACUUGUUUGUUUGGUCCGAUGGUCAACUUUAUGCUUUUAGUGGACAGUACUAUUAUCAAGUUAUAUUCCAUGUAAAUUCGAGCCAAUCAAUCAUUGUUAGAAAUAUUUCGUCGUUCUGGCAUGGAGUCCCAAACAACAUUGAUGCUGUGUUUAGGGCGAAUGAUGGUUUGACAUAUUUCUUUAAAGAUUCACAAUAUUAUCGUUUUAACGACAGCAAACGUCAAGUCGAUACAGGAUAUCCUAAACCAAUCUCUUCCUUCUGGAAAGGUAUCCCAAAUGAUAUCGACACAGUAUUCCGCUGGUCAAAUGGUCAGACGUAUUUCUUCAGAAAAAACAACUACUACAGGUUUAAUUCAACGUAUGGAGCAGUGGAUGAUGGGUAUCCUCGCAAGAUAGCAGGGGCAUGGAGAGGAGUUAUGUACACUACAAACUCUUAAUUUCGUUUCAAUACAAGAUGU